AAUCAGGCAAAUAUAAUUUUCUCUUUGUGCUAUAAAGAAACGUUGUGAUCUCUUAUAAUAUAGUUGUACUGGUACAAAAGAUUGCAUAUGAUGAAUUACAAGCGGUCGAAGAAAGAAGAAAAUCUUGUGGAUCUUUCAUGUCAGGGUAUCGAUAAUUUCCCUACUUGUUUACAAUCACAGUUUCGUGUGGACUUGUGUACCUAUCUUGAUCUAAGUGGCAACCAAAUGAAAUGUUUUUCUGGUGGUGAUUUAUCCUCCUUUCAUAGCCUUGAAACACUAGAUAUUUCUUCAAAUCAACUUGAAUGUCUUCCAUGUGGACUCUGUAAGCUGAAUAAACUUAAAAGAUUGUUUCUCAGAAACAACGCUCUUUUUGAGUUGCCACAAUGCAUCACUUCAGUUCGAUGUUUGGAAAUCUUAAAUAUUAGUGGAAACAAAUUUGAAAACUUUCCACUUGAAGUACUAGAUUUGUGUCGUUUAAAAGAACUCCAUUUGGGAGGGAACUCUAUCACUCAAAUACCAAAAGACCUAGCAAUGCUGUCUAGUUUGGAAUACUUGUAUCUUGGUGGAAAUAAAUUAAAAGAAUUACCUGUGGAAAUAGGAAAGUUAACAAAUCUCAAGUUUCUAAAUUUAUCUGACAAUGACAUUGACAUAUUACCAAAUGAACUGGCAAAACUACAUAAACUUGAGUCGUUGAGUUUGCAUAACAAUAACUUAACUGUUUUACCUAGUGGAAUAAUAAAAUUGAAAAAUCUACAGGAGAUCAGUGUACGUGGAAAUCCCCUGGUUAUAAGAUUUAUGAGAUCGCAAUGCUCAAGAUUUCCUAGUCUUCAAGAACUUGCUGGAAAGAAAAUUAAAAACGCACACAUUCCCUACUCUAAUAAAAACCUGCCAGCAUUUCUUGUGAAGUACCUUGACAGUGCUAACAAAUGUGUCAAUCCCAAGUGCUAUGGUGUAUUCUUUGAUUCGUGUGUUCGACAUGUCAAGUUUGUUGAUUUUUGUGGAAAGUAUAGGUUACCCUUUGAGCAAUUUUUAUGUUCUCUUCAUGAGAAUGAAUAUUGGGAUGACGUAUCAAGCUCUAGUAAUUCAAGUAGCGAAGAUGAUUCUGAAGUUGGACCAUCUUGGAUGAAAAAAAUUUUGUUUGGCUAACAUAUAAAUUAACUCUAUUUAAUAUAAGAGUAAAGUUGUCAAAAAUAUUGUACAUUAAAUGUCAUAUCAUGCCAACAUUCAUAAAUGUAAAGUAUAUUUUAUUUUUCUUUAGUUUCUUUUUGUUGGUUAUGCAAAAAUCAUGCUUUUUUCCUCACACCUAAAAAGACCAAAUUUCUGUAAUUGAUUAAAAAAUAUUUUCAUAACCAA